AUGUCUGGAUCAAUUUUAAAAUAUGUUGCACCUUCAACAUCUACCACAGUAGGAGAAAGUGCUGAAGACGUUCAGUCUGUUGAAUCCAGAGAUGAAAUGCCUGAAGUAUCUUCUCAAGAAGCUUCAUAUGUGAAAGCGCAAGAAUUGGAGAAGAUCAUUUUAUCUUCAAGCGGUGAAAGUGAUGUAGAUGAAGGAGAUGCCAGCAGAAGCCUGCAUCAGCAAGACUCUGAUGAUGAUGAUGAAGAAGAAGAGGAGACUGUUCGACUGUCAGUUUAUUCUGAUGUUGCUGCUUGGCCAGUUCCAGUUCCAGAUGUUUUAAGAGUGGACCUUAUUAAGAGGGGAAGUGAACCUUUCCAAAAUAGAGAUGGGCCAUUCAGUCCUGUUGAAAGGCAAGGAGAGAAAUCAAAAGGGAAGAGUUGA